CCUUCGUCUUUGGCCCACAGCCGACUCAUCCAGCUGAUCAUCAAGCAAAACUAGCAUGUGCUUUAGUCAGUCGUUUAGUUAAAUCAAAUAUUUAUCAUGGACUCUUAUUUGCUGCCCGUCCUUAUCAUUGUGCUGCUGAACUGUUUUUAUUUUUCUCACGGAGCUGCUAUACCAGACUUAUCAGAUAACAAAUCGUAUGAGAUUGUCACACCAAUUCGAGUCAAUCACAAACGUGAAUCAAUUAAAAAUGUACACCAUUUUCGUAAACGGAGUGUGCCUACGCCUGAGGAAGAUGCAGCCUUCUUCGGGGACUCGGAUAAAACUAUGUAUUUAAUAGAAGCUUUUGGGCACCAAUUUCAUUUAACUUUAGCCCAUGAUGAUUCUUUUAUUGCUUCAAAUUUUGUCGUAGAUGCUAUAGGUUCAACUGGGGAUGAUAUAUACAAUACGUUACAGAAUGACGCGCCUCAUCAUUGCUUUUAUACUGGAAAUGUUAACAGUCAUCCCGAUUCCGCUGCUGUCAUGAGUUUAUGCAACGGAAUGGUAAGAAUUUUUUUUAUCGCUAUUGAUGCGUUGCAGCAAACAUCUUGAUGUACCGUUUUACAAUAAUAUCGUUAGGAUGUACUGCAGUGUACAUCUUGAUGUGCUUCAUCUAAAAAUUUAUACGAACAAAUUUAAUUACAUUUUCUUAAGUAUAAAAGUGGUCAGGUUGCUUAAAAGAAAAAAAAAUACUGUAGUAUUUAAGUAAAUUUUUAAGGCAAAGUUAAUGAUAUAGGUCUUUGUUAAUAGCUUCAAAGUUGACCUAAUUGCCUGUGGAUAGAUGCCUGGUUGAUAGGGGUACUUAAUCAUAUCCACCUGGAGAAAAAUUAGCUGGCAAAUCGGUCAGACUCCUCCCUGGUAAGAAAGGCGGGCAAUACUUUGACGUUUCCAAGUUAUAAUUUUUGCCAAAAUAGUUUAUAAUUUAUAAUUGUUAUUUAAUGACCUAACUAUUGUAUACAUUUCUCAAAUAAUGUUAAUAGUAAUAGCAAUAUUAUUUGAUUCUGUUGCAUCUUAUUGAAGAACAUUACAUAACAGUUAAUUAAAUUUAUAUAAUUUUAUAAUGAAGUUAGGCAAUAUAAAGUGUAAUAUCCAAGACGCUUGAUGAAUUUGAAAGAUAAUUGUUAAUUAAUAUUUUAAUUGAUUACAGAUUGUUUUCAUAUAAAUUAUAUAAUAUGUUUAUUUUUUAUAGUAAACAGUAGUAGGAUAGUAGUAGUAGAUAAUCAACUGAGUAGAGCAGGAGAUUCAAUUUAUUGUGUCAAAGUGGAGACAGAAUUCCAAGGUCAGCUUUAAAUGAUCUCCUUGACAACCAAUUAUCCCUGGA